GACGGUUUAACGCUGAACUCUCGCGAGAGUUUGGUGUAGCGAGGUGGUGGGGUGCCUCUGCCUGUUUCUCCUGUUGCUGCAGCCUCUGCCGCCGCUUACCGGAAGGAGAGCUAGCGGAGCGCCGCCCGGACCGAGCCUAGCCCGCCCGCAGAACGGCACCCACCGCGUAGGCCGAGCUGGGGCUCUUAUUUCUGUCGACUGCAGUGAGGAGGCAGGUUGGUUGUGUUCUUAACGGAAAACCGACGAAAAGGUGACUAGCGGGCCAUGCUGUGACACACCAACCUCGGCUGCCCGGCAUGGACGACUAGUUAGCCCGCUGCAAGUGAAACCCCAGAGAGGGGGAAAAAAAAUCACCGCCUAGUGAAUCGCAAAGGAGUGGAGUAAAAGGAGGUAGAAAGAGACUGCUACUAAAAAUACAGAAACAGUUCAACGCCCCUAAGCACAGAUAGCGACAGAGCGAGAGAAAGAAGACGCCCGACAGAUCAAGUCGAUAUGCCGAUGAAAAAGAAGAUCGUGCCGCCGGCACUCACCAUCGGCCACGCUAGCGGGGAAGGCCACGGCCCUCCGGCAGUCACGGACACCGCUUCUGAAGCUAAUUUGGAGGCUCUACAGAAAAAGCUAGAAGAGCUUGACCUGGAUGAACAACAGAAGAAGCGGCUGGAGGCCUUCUUAACGCAAAAAGCUAAGGUUGGAGAGCUAAAAGAUGAUGACUUUCACCGAAUCUGUGAGCUUGGUGCUGGAAAUGGUGGCGUGGUCACCAAGGUACGCCAUAAGCCAUCAGGGCUCAUCAUGGCAAGAAAGCUUAUCCACCUUGAAAUCAAACCUGCCAUCCGGAACCAAAUCAUCCGAGAGCUGCAAGUCCUUCAUGAAUGCAAUUCACCAUAUAUUGUGGGCUUCUAUGGUGCCUUCUACAGUGAUGGAGAAAUCAGCAUUUGCAUGGAACACAUGGAUGGAGGCUCUUUGGAUCAGGUGUUAAAGGAAGCACGGAGAAUUCCUGAAGAAAUCCUGGGGAAAGUCAGUAUAGCUGUCUUGCGUGGGCUAGCAUACCUGCGAGAGAAGCACCAGAUCAUGCACAGAGAUGUAAAACCAUCUAACAUCCUGGUGAACUCUCGCGGGGAAAUCAAGUUAUGUGACUUUGGAGUGAGUGGCCAGCUUAUUGACUCCAUGGCCAAUUCCUUUGUGGGAACCCGCUCCUACAUGUCGCCAGAGCGCUUGCAGGGCACCCACUAUUCCGUUCAGUCUGAUGUCUGGAGUAUGGGCUUGUCAUUGGUGGAACUUGCCAUUGGUCGCUACCCAAUUCCCCCUCCUGAUGCCAAGGAGCUAGAAAGUAUUUUUGGUCGGCCUGUAGUUGAUGGUGCAGAGGGCGAGAUGUAUAGCGCUUCACCUCGACCCAGACCUCCAGGGAGACCAGUGAGUGGACAUGGUAUUGAUAGCAGACCAGCAAUGGCCAUCUUUGAGCUCCUGGAUUACAUUGUAAAUGAGCCUCCUCCCAAGCUUCCUAACGGUGUGUUCACACCUGAAUUUCAGGAGUUUGUUACAAAAUGCCUCAUGAAAAAUCCUACAGACAGAGCAGAUCUGAAGAUGCUGAUGGCGCAUGCGUUCAUCAAACGUUCAGAGGUGGAGGAGGUGGAUUUUGCGGGCUGGCUGUGCAAGACAAUGGGUCUAAACCAACCCAGCACCCCAACUCGCUCUGCUGUCUAGAUAACCAGAUGCCACCUCCCUGAACGGCUCCUUUGUCUGCCUUGUUGGUUCGUCUCUGCCUGUCUUGUUUCCAGGCUCAAUCACUCAUCAUAAAGCUCUUAUCCAAAUCCAGCCCCCAACCCUCCAUCUUUCUCCCUUGGGCAGCAAAUGCUAUAGGGCCACAGCCUGAUAUAACCACUUUCUGCAUGAUGGCUAAGUCUUGCCCACUGAUAUUUUUCUUCCUCUCAUUUUGCUCUAUUUUGGGGAACUGACUAGACUGGGUGGUGCUGCCACAUACCCCUCUCUGUGGAGUACCACCAGCAUCCCCAUCACCUAAGUUAAGGAGAAAUCAUGACAACUCAUAGCCCGUGGAUAGUCUAGUUUGAAAGCAGGCAUGCAGGCAAAUCAUGGUUACUCAUGGGCAGAUUUCUGAUUGCCAAGUCUGUACAGGGUUUCUAGGCUUAUGGGUGGCUGUUGCACAUCAUCUGCCUUUAAGAGCAGGGCCAUGUUUCAGUGGUCCAGCAGUAUAGAAGCAAAAACUUUCCUCCAGAGCAUGGCAGACCUCUAAUUUCCUUUUGUAGAAGUAGGAAAUAUCAUUUUGCUGUGAUCAAGUGACAAAACUUGACCCUUCUUACAUUUUGCUUUACUAGCCAUUGCCCUAGUAUGUGCUGCUGACAUCCCUCAAGGCUCUAUAUUGCAAGAGUCACAAUCAUUAAAAGAAUAAUAAGGAAGUUUUAUGAUGAGGGGUUUGUGAUGCCACCAUCUAUCUUAGCUCCAGUUGCUUUAAUUAAGGCAAGGCCUACACCCCAAAAAAAUGCUGACAUUCAUCUAUAUGUGAGGACGUGAUCCUUGGGUAAUUGUACAGAUGCUUCCUGUUUCUUUUCAUGGGGUGGACUUUAUCUUGUUCAGGACAAGUCUAAAGACCAGCAUACAGCAGGGGAAGAGAGACAGUGGAUCAUUUUAACAUGCAUUUUUGCCCUGUCAUGUGACUGGAGAGGGGCGGGUGGUUUUGGCAGUCAUUGUGUCAAAGUCUGUAGCCACACUUCAACCACAGAAUUUAGAAAGGAGAAAGCAUAACCAUCCAAAAUGUCGUACAUCAGUACAGUGGUCAGCUUUCCCACACCCCUCAGUCUGGCCUUUUGGAGCAACAGAAAAGUGGCAUCGGCAAAGCGAGGCUGCCGUAGGCCCUCUGCCUUGUGUUCGGUUUUUGUGGUGGGAGGGGUUAGGGUUUUUUUUAUUAGUAUUAUUAUUAUUAUUAUUUUGUAUUUGGCUGCUUUAUCAGAUCAUGAAAUCAUGAAGUUGCUUUCAGAGUUAUGUCGGUUCUUUUAUUUAUAUGAAAGGGGCGGGAGGGGGCACUAGGUAAUUGUGUACUGAAUGUAUAAUUUAAAGUGUUGAUAAAAAAAAAAAAAAGUUGAAAAUAAUAAAUAAAUAAAUGAAAAGCUGGUGGUUGAUUCUUUGUAUUGUUUAAGGAUAUGCUAUGUGCUGCUCAAAAUCUGGCGACACCGUGACAGUUUUUAGGGUUUUAAAUUUCUUUUUCCAUGACACUUUCUAGUGGGGUUGUUUUUUUUUUUGUUUUUUUUUUAAAUGUGGGUCUUUUUUAUGGUUUUGCUGUGCUUUGAUUGCAGAUAACGGUUAAAAGAAUAUUGUUUGUACCCAACAUUGUGUUAAUGCAAAAGUUUUUUUUUUAUCUUACUGUUAAUAAAUGGCACUUUAAAAUGGU